GAAGUAAUCUCUCAGCUGGCGCUGAUCAAACAAUCAAUACCGCCGACUACACAGUUUAUCAGAGUCUGCAACAAUAGGAGGCGGAUUGAUCUGUGAGAAAGCUUAUACACGCCAAACAUCGCAUGAACCGGACGGCCCUGUCUCUUACCCCCGGGAUGAGUGACAAGGGAGACUCCGGCCACGAGGAAAGUGACGAGGGGGAGGACAUAUUGGAUUAUAAUUCCAUUCUACGGUGCCGUAUUUGCUGCCAAUAUUACCGGAAGCCCCGGAUCUUACCUUGCGGCCACACGUUUUGCGAGGAAUGCCUGAUUCAGCUGAGGGACAAGACGUCCCGGGAGUGGCGCAUCAAGUUCCCCCUGAGGAACAAGCACGGGGACGGGGGGACCCUCCACUGUCAGGCCCCGGGGUGCCGGUACUCCAUGAAGCUGAUGAACCUGACCCGCUGGGCUCCGCGUAAUAGAGUGGCAUCGGCGGCCUUGAAAGUGUUCCAGAGAAAUGGUGCUGCUAAAACGACUGCUACCCCUAAAACAUCCGAUGAGUCCUUGGAUGCUUUAGACUCUCGUCCACAUCAGAUGAAUAACAAGAUCUCCAUCACAACAGCGAACGUCACAAAUGGGCAAAUCAUGAGCAAAGUGGAGUACAAAAAUCAUAACAAUAACCAAAUUGCCAUUGCAAUGCAGUUACAUCACAGCACUAGGCAUGGUGCCGCUGCCCCAGGAUACUGUGAUAAGGAAGAAGGAAACUCCAUCUACUCUACAAUUAUUUAUGAAGCUAUUGUUCAGAGCGGUUUUGGAGCGACAAAGAUCAUUCACGUCCCGCCUAAGAUUGUCCAGAAUUGGCGGUCAUUUGCGUUUGUGGUUGGAUUGCAAGCUAUAGGUGAAUGUUUUUCGUUCCAAUAAAAGUGAAACUUUCGUGCAUUGGUAUUAUGUGAUAAUGCUGCGUAGAUUUUUCACUUUGUGAGUUUCUUUUCAUUGUGGAUUUUCGAUGUUGUGGCGUAUGAUGCCACACAUGCAUUUCGUCUCAUAAUGAAAAUGAUGUUGAUAUGUGGUGAGAUUUUGAUAUUGGAGACCUGUGAUAAAACAUGUUGAUGUGGUGUCUCGUAUACUUUAGCAUGACAUGCUGUGUCCUUGAUUAUUUCAAAAUAUUUACAUAUGCCUAUUGAUGUAUAUUCAUAAAUAAAUUGGUGAAC